GCCAAAUCGGCAUUAGAGUUCAUACAAGAUGAAGUUAAACUGCUGAGAGUGAACUUCCAGCCAGCUUCUUUCGAGGAUGUUAUCCCUACCACCAAGGAUAGUAAUUUUCACGUUGACAAGCUAUAUAAAGUUUCGAAUAAAAAAGUCAAAAUUUUCCUUAAUAAAAUGCAUGAUGUUGUGACGAUUGAAAAAGUGGCAACAGGAACAGUGGAGUCUAAAACUGACACAUUGGUGGACGAUCUGCUUCAUGCGUGCAUUUACAAAGUCGUGAUCCCUGUAGAAUAUUGGUCCGAACUUGGUUGUGGUUUACCGGAUAAGACAACAGUUAAUGUAAAAAGAUGGCCUGGAAGAAAUGGCCAUGACCAGGUGGGAGUUUUGGAAGUAUUAGCUAAAAUUCGUCAAUUUCUUCUGUGA